AUGAAUCAUUCCACUUGUGAGAUUGCGCAACAGCUUUGGCAUCGCACCACAGAUGUAAAUGUGUUUUACGCGGCAGCCGAACAGGUUGGGUGACCAUCAAAUAUUUGCCGGCCCUGGACUCACCGUGUAGGAGAGAGAUAAGGAGGCAGUGAGGAAAGUCAGAGACUUUGUUACUCCGCCCGAAAAUGUGGUGGGAGGGAGCUGAAGUAAAUUAUGUGAGGGCAUCGGCGAGUUGGGACGCGUCUUUGGAGAGAUAAGGUGGAGGAGAGGGCUCCGCGUAAUUUUAGCGUUUCUCACACUCUCGGAAGGGGAUCCACAGACUUUCAGCGGAGUUUCCAGUGACUGUGAGUCGGCGGAGGAAUCUCAGUGGGUUUGAUUCCGGCUCCCGAGUCUCAAGGUUUACCGGACAGUCUGUCGUCCAUCCAAUGUGCGUAAAGGGGCUCUGUUUCCUCGCUGUCCUGUGUGGACUCGCAGCUUCAGGUGAGACCCCGACUCGGUUUGAGUGAUUAAAAGGAGGUUUGUGAGCAUUUUCAGGCAGAAUUUUGGUGAGGUAUUAUUCACAGUUUUUUUUUAUUGAGAACCAGACAGUUUGGCGUGAUUUCUCCCAGCGUUUGUUUGAAGAUUUUGUGUUUCAGACCUAACCAAACGCACUAUUUUGCCUGCUGUAGCCUCAUCCCUGGACGCAGAGGCCAUCAGAUCAAUACAUCUUUAAAUAAUCAAACACUUGAAACGCCUCUUUAAAAUUACAUUCAACUUAAAAAAAGAUUGUAUGCUUCCUUUCUGUAGCACCGGGGCUGUCCUAAAUGUUUUUCUGCUUAACAAGAGUCAGUGGCGAACUCUGGCUGUCUGAGGGACAGGGGCAGAAUCAAGAAAGGGCACCUGCUGAAUGCCAUGUGACACCAGAACACAGGGACUUAUUAUUAGCCUGACCACCUAUUAAAGAGGAGGGUACAGACCCCUUAUACCUGCAAGUUUAAAAUAUGAUGAGGCAAAUGCAAUAAGAGGAGGCUCUUAAUUCCCUGUCUGCCGGUGGAUAUUUACACAGCUGUUUAAAGGGGUACAUUUUCACUGUGUAAAAGAUAAACUAACAGUUAUAAAACAGAAUUCGCAGAAGAGGAGCUUCCUGAUUGAAGCUUUAUAAGAUUGAAUUUUUUCUUUUCAGUACUUUCAAUCCAGUGGAGAGGCUUCUGAACGAGCACUUUAUAUUCUAGCCACAAAGGGGAGCUUUGUGGGUAAUGUAUUACAUUCACUACACGGAAAGGGCAUCAAGAAGACACCAUUUUCAUGUGUUUGCUGGAGGAGCAUGGGGAGGAAGUUAUUUUUAAUGUCUAAUGCACUAGAAGGGCAUCUGGAGGACACUAAUUUUAAAUGAUUUAUUCACUGGUAGGGCAUGCAGAGAGCUCUGAUUGUAAGUGUUAUUGAGUGAAAGGGCAACCAGAGGGCACUGAUUUUAUGUUUUGUUUACUAAAAGAGCACACAGGGGGCACUUUUAUUCUAGAUGAUUGUCACUGAGAGGACAUCCAGAGGUCACUAUGUGUCACUCACUGGAAGAGCAGCCAGAGGGCACUUUCAAACAUGCAAAUCUUGAAGGGCAUCCAGUGGGUACGAUUUUUAUUAUGGCCCUACUUACUGGAAGGCACUGUCUUUUCAGUUUAUUUUUUUCCAACUGUGCAGAAACUCAACAGGGACUUUUUAAAAUCUGUUUUACUCACCGGUAGGGCAUCAGAUGGGAACUUUUAAGAACAUUUUAUACACUAAAAGACAUAAGGAUGGUGCUUUUUUAAAUGUUUUGUCUGUUUUGGAAGUGCAGUCUGAGGUACAAUAUUUUAAAUAUUAUUACUGUAAAGGGAACUUUUUGGCAAUUCUCUCACAAGUAGGACAUCCAGAGGGAACUAUUUUCCUUACAGCCAGACUCACUGGAAGGCACUGGCUUUAGUUUGUUUUUGUUCACUGAAUUUGAAUUCAGCAGGGACAUUUUUAAAAAUAAUUUUGCUCACUUGAAAGGCACAUGAGGGAGCUUUUUAAAAACAUUUUAUACAGUUGCAGCCAUCAACAUGGUUUUCUACGUUUCGUUUGAUGGAAGGGCAGUCAGGGGCACUUUAUUUUAUGUGUCAUUAAACAGAGGGCACUUUUGAUACAACACAUGCAUACACAUACCCACAUUUCCAAGAAUGGUCUUCAGAUAUAACAGGAGGACUGUGUAGAGCCAAUGACAACAAUCAGUUCCACAGUAAAGGAGAAAACCCUGCCUGUCUGUCUAUUAGUAAAAGCUCUGCAGGGACCUCUAACCUCCAUCCCUUGGAGCCUGGCGUGCGUCACUGGAUGUGGAGAAGCUGGAACAGUGGCACGGGGGGGUUGCUGAAGAAUUCCUGUGAAGGCUAUUAAACGGUCUUUUUCUGGCAGCAUGAUAACUUUAAAGCAGGCUCUGUUUACUGGCAUCAGACCCUGGCUGCAUUGUGUUUUGAUUUCAUGCAACUAGAGUCAUUUCCUGCACUCUUAUGAGUGUCCUGCUGACGUUCAUGGAGACUGCGUAGUGGCCCGCUGGACGCAGAUAAGUCCACCUGCUUCCCGUAGGGAAGCUAUCCAGGAUAUGUCAGUGAGAUAAUAACAACAUGUCAGGUACACUAAUAGAAGUAAACAGUCAUAAAUCAUCUCAAUUUUCAUAACUGCCCACAUUAAAAAGGCUGCAGUCGCACAGCUAAUAGAGCAUGUUUUAAUAUCACAAAUUGACAUAUUAGAGGCAAUUCAUUCAGGUUGUCUAACCUUGAAGCAACUUGUGUCCAUCCCAGUUAAGUGGAUUAUAUUGAUUGAUGUCCAUCCUCUGCCAAAGCACCAUGUAGGGAUUCACUAUAGCAGCAAACUGCGUGUGUCUACAGGAGCCUGAGCCUGCAGGUCACUAAUAACACAUCACAUAGACAAACAGAGCAGGAAUAUACCAUGUGCAUACAGAUAAUCAAAUAACAGCAUGAGGAUGAGGACAGGCAUGCUGGAACUGAUUAUGGCUCUAAUCACUUCCAUCGCCUUCGGCUGUUUUUGGCUUGAAAAUGACAGACUGAGAUGUGACAAGCCAGAGGACUCGUAUCACUUUCAUGAGACAUUUUCAGACUCCAUGUGGAACAAAAUAAGUCCUCCCUUACUCACCCCUCCUUCUUUUGGGUAAACAGAUCCGCUGUGGCAUUGAAACAGCCAACACAUUUACCCAUCGGCCUGUCUCCUCUGACAUGCAUUACACUGAUCAAAGACAGCGCUCCGUCUUUAAAGAGAUAUGUUAUAAACCAAACAGAAUAAUCUCCCUCUGUGUUCCUGCUGCUUCAAACAUAAUCGCAGCAAAGAUGCAUCAAAAGCUUUCAUCGCCCCCAAAAGAUAAACCCUCCGCUCCUCGCUAUGUUUUAUAAAAAUAUGUUCGGCAGGAGUUUUUAUAAACACAUGAUAAAUCCUAAUUUGUGUAGAGAUGCUUCUGGGAGCAAUGUUUUGGAUUUUUACAUCACAAGAAUGGAAUUGCUUACUUGAACAGUUUUGAUCACAACCAGACUCCAACUUUCUCUUUUUUAUUUCUAUGCUCUCCAAUCUGCAAGGGUAACCAGAAAGCUCUGGUGUUUUUAAACUCGUGGAGGAGGAGGGACAGCAUGGUUAACCAUUGGAGCAGCUGAGCUGAAAGCAGGCAGGAUGAUCAAAUAGUUGCAUGAAACGCUUUUUGCAGAGUAUUUAGUAGAAGUUAAAUCUUUUAGAAUUGCAGUGAAUAAUGACCACAGCAUGAGCUGAGGUUGGUGCUCUGUGUGCGCAUGAUCUCACCUCUGUGUGACUGUCAAGAGAAGUUCACACUGAUAUUAACCCUGCACAAAUACUUUCGUUGACCUAAAACUCAUCAUUGAUUUUUUUGUACAUUAAAAAUCUUGCAUAUAUCUAUCAGUCAAAUACUACAUUUAAAUGCCCCCUUUGCUCGUCCCUCCUGUCAACAGAGUGAUAAUGGCCUUUAAGGACAAAAAGCUCCCAUGAUGCAUGAUAAGUAUGAUCCACUCUUCAUCAAGUUUUCGCCACCUAAUCAAUUUCUUUGGCAAAACAACAACAACAACAACAACAACAACAACCUCUUGUCAAAUACAACACACAUAUUAGUUUGUCCAUUCUGAGCUACCACAGAAACAAGAUGGUGGCCUCAGUGGAAGAGGACCUGUUUUUGUAGGUGCAAAACGCUCAUUCUGACUUAAACUCAACAAAAAGACUUUCUUCAUUUAAAUUUACCAACAAAUUUAAUAUUCCAGUCUGUUCUGAUCGCUGACUCUACACACUCUAUGCUUUAUCUAAAAUAGGGUGACCAUUCUGAAUCCCUAAAAAGAGGACACUACUACAUUGGGCAGUCGCAUGCAAAAUUUUGAGGGUUUUUCAGGUCAGGUCAAGUGUUUUUUACACGCUACUAACUCAGUUAGUCCAUGCUACACAAACUCAGAACUUCAAUACAAAACCCCGGACAUUUGAAGGAUUUUAUAAACUCCCCCUGGACAAUCCAGACAGCCCCCCAAAACAGGACAUGUCCAGGUAAAAGAGGAUGUAUGGUCCCCCCACCUUAAAAACUGUUUCAGCAGAGUGCUGUUGAUCUGACUCCUGCCCUCCAUGCAGGAUCAUAAGGAAGUAUUUUAAAGAUCAAACUCUACACUUAUGGUCUUUCUAAAAUCAGUCAUACUGCUGUUGACCUGGUGGUUUCAGUGUGUGUUGCACAUGCAGAAACUGUAGUCCUUAAUGCAGUGGUCACUGGUCUAUUGCUACAUGUCUUACCUGCUCUCGACUCCCGAUGUUUUCUGUCUCUCAUCAGCUGUCCUGCAUACUGAAGGCAAAGAUUAACCCAAAGAUGUUAUGUGUUAGCAACCAUGAUGUGGGUACUUAUGAUCCCCACACCAUCAGAGAUGCUGGCUUCGAACUGUAAGCUGAAAACAAGCUUAGUCGUCCUUCUACUCUUUAUGUUCUGGUGUCCAAGAUUUGCAAAAAGAUUGUCUGUUUCUAUUUGGUUUCCUCUUUGCUUUGUUUAGUUUUUACCUGCAAGUGGUCCCUUUCCUUCAUGUGACGUGGCGUCCAUGACCUCCAAAAAGAAUGUCAAAUUUUGAUCCAUCAGGUCACAGGACAGUUUUCCACAUCCCCUCAAAAUGGGCUUGAAGCUAUGGCAAACAAAUUUUACAAUAACUUUUACAAAAAUAUUUCCAAAAGCUGAGGUUGCCUCAGGCUGGGUUGAGUUUGUGUCUCUUAGCUGCUGGUAAUCUUUACUUUUAAAGUUUUGGACUCACAAGUGCUUUUUUAAAAUAUGUUCAUAUGUGUAUAUGUUUUCUCUGCCUAAAAAAGAAAAACUCAAUCAUCGCUUAUUGUAGAAGAAGGAAAUUAAAAACAGCUCUUACUGGUGCCUACAUGUGGUUUUGACUUUUGUCCGGACUUCUUCAAACCUCUCAUUGUCUUCUUGUUUUGAACUGAUGACGUAAUCAACAGUCAUGAAGAAAAGGAGAUUAAUUCAAGGCCCUGAAAUAAUCAUCAUAUUGAAGAAAUUUGUACACAACUAUAAAAAGUAAAACCAGCUUUAUGUAACUGAAUAUGAAAUAUACUAAAAUGAUUAACAGGACCGUUGAUUAAGGUGAUAAAAUAAAAGGAGCACUGAUCCAAAACAACUACAAACACAGGUUUGUUGGCUCAAAAUCAAAUUUCUAAAAUGUCCUUAAGGUAAAAGUAGAUUUAUCAUGCUGAGGAGUUGCUGUGACUCGUUUAAGAAGUCAGAGGUUGAUCAACAAGUUCAGAUCAAACUCAAAGAGCUUGUAAAAGGAACUGAUUUGUGAAGUUUGUCCAAUAAAAAAGAUCUAAGAAAUGAAAGAGGUCAGUGAGGAGCCUCCAUGUUGAUCUCUUUCUGUUAAAACACUUUUUUUUCUAUUUCUGCUGUGAAAGAUUGUGAAAUAGUUACACACUGUGACAGACAAAUGACUGAAAACAAAGUCUAGUUCAGUUUUACAGAGUUUACACCAGCUCACAGUCUUUGCUUGUAAUGUUUUAGAUCCCCUUGAGUUUGUAACAGGUCUGCUUUGUUUUUUUCGAGUCUGGCUUCACUUCCGUUCAUCUUCCUUUAACACUUUUUCUCCACUGUCAGAAACCUGAAAUGUUCCCAGACUGACGUGUGCCAACCUGUCCUGACUUACAGGUUUAGCACACACGCACGGCUCGGCAGCUUCCACUGGUUGUUCAGGCUUUGCUUUAACUCCGUUGGGUUUACCGAAGAUGAACAGUGACUUGGUUUUUUCCCUAGCAUGUAGCAAUUACCAUGUGCCACACCGCUUUUUCAAUCUCACCACAAUAAUGGCUCAGUUAACAAAGCACUGCUGCGGUUUUCAGCGCGCUGCGUUGUGUUGACACGCCUUUAGGGAUUUCUGGCCUUUGUGUCGUCUUUAUGGGCUAGCCCGGAGGUGUGAGGAGUCAGCGACAGUGACGCUCUAAUAUGCAUAAACGCACUGGUGUAAAAGCACUGCAGGCUCUGGGUGCAUCUGCCAAGUGUUUGACUGCAGACCAUGGCACUCCCUCUGCUGUGUUUAAAUAUCCGCUCCUACUGUAAACACAGAUUUCAGAUACACUCCUGGUUGAAUUGAAAGUGUUUGUGUUUCAGCUGGGGAUUGAGUGUUUGUGCACACACACACACAGUCAGGGUCCCUCUGAAUCUGCGUGUCUGUAAAUGCAGCAGAUUUUACAGCAGGGUUUUCUGUUUGUGUAGUCACAUUCUUUCUGUUUAGAGUCACAGCAAACAAGUGCACUCUGCAGUUGAAGCUCAUCUCUUCUAGGUUUACAGCAUGUGGAAUAAAUCAGCUGUUUCCAUGGAGAAUCUGCAGCUUUUGAGUCUCACAUCUGCAGAAAGCUGAGGGGUAAUCUAAGUUUAUGUGAGUCAGACAUUUGGUAUCCUGUUAGAGCGGUCAAAGCUUUCACUAUUUUUUAGUUUCCUUCUUCAGUAUGUAUCCUAAGUACCCCAUCUAUUGUUAUUCAAAACUCUGAUUUAUAAAAGAGGCAGCCACUUAUCUGGUUUUGCUCUCUCAGUAUAAAAGAGAAAAGGGGUGGAGCAAGAAGGUGAGGCAGGUUUCAGUCACUAAAUGUGCUCAAAGACUCCUCCACCCCAUUAACUCUCAUUGAAGUCCAUGUGACUGUGCUUUUACCAAGUGAGCACCAAACAGGACUUGGACAAAGUUCAAAGAGAUGAAGCUGUAGAGAGGAUUACUGCAACGGCAUUUGAAUCAUCUUAUUUUUUGUUAUCAUAGUUAUUUAAUUAAGUAAAUGAAGUCUGUUCAACAACCCUAAUAUUUGUUAUUUAAUCUUUGAAUAAAGCAGAAAUAAGACACUGCCUCUUCAGCUGAUCUGUACUUUCAUACAAACAAAUAAUGCUACCAUUUGAGUCCUAGCUGUUCCUGAAAGCUGGAGCUGUUCCUCCAAAGAGACCUCCGUGAGGGCACUGAGGUAAAAGACCAUUACAGUUAAGUCAAAGUGUAGCAUGAUAACAAUAUUGAAGUGUUUUUUCAAAGGCGUCCUAUUGUUAGUUAAAAAGGAAAGGAGGUGGCAUUUUCAAAAUUCGUCACUUCUCAAAAGUUUUAGCUGCCUAAAGGCUUACAUGUAAAGGAAAUGCAAUAGGUGUUAGUUUUUAUCACUAUUGACUAUGUUUCCAUGUAACAGCCUCUAAGGGCCCCUGACCAACAGCCUGAUGUGAUAUUUUUUUCAUGGGCUCCACAAUCCCUGCAUUUCAACCACUCAGAGUGAAAACACAGCUGCAGACAUGAAGUUGAACCAAAGACUGAACUUGUCUGUGUUUGGAUGCUGAUUAAAUUUGAUGUUUCUUCCUCUAAAAGUGGAGUAAUCUGACGGUUGAGCAGUAUUUAACCGAUAUCUCUAACUUAGAGAGGUGGUGUGCUGCAUUUUAACAAAGACAGCAAGCAGUAGUUGUCAAUACCUCCUCCUCUGCAUGGCUCCUGAUCUGUGCCGCCGAUAUGUGGUCGGUUGGUCACUAACUAAUUCAUCUUGCUAGGCAGCGGGACUGAAUUCACUGUGACUCAUACUGCUGCUAGAGUGAGUCGAUCCCCGUAGUAAAUAUCUGAAUAAGGUUGUCUUUGCGGGUUUGGAGCGUCUUGCAAACAGAGGCCUAUGGGGGUGUUGAACAGAAACAUCGUAUGGACCCCCACACCCCCUCUCUCAGGAGUUUGUAAUCCCGCAGUGAAGCUGUUGAGUCAGCUGCGAGGUGGGAGUGGAAGAGGUUUGAUGGAUUAAACUCUUAUCCUCACUCACCCACCGCACGUUUCCCCCUGGACUCUGCUGCCUGAUGAAUUACAAGCGGCCUGGAGGAAGCAGGAGGGAAGAAGAAAGAGAAAGAAACAGAGAUUGAUGCUUAAGCAAGUGUUUGGAGUAAACUUUAGAGUUUCCUUAAACCUUAAAGUUCAUAAAUCUGUGGAAUGAUGCAAAGAAAUGUCAGUUUUUCUAUUUAAAAUAACAACACCAAUCCCCAUUUAUCAAGUUAAUGAAGGUUUAGCUCUUCCAAGAAGCGGGUGUCUGGUACAUCUCUGCAGAAGACUGAUAUUUUACACUUCAGCUUUAUUUGGAGUCAUAGGAAUGGGCAGGUAUGACAGAAAACAGAGCCACCUGUAGAGAGCCAGAAUCAGCCAUGGACAGGUCCUCUUUGUUUAAAUUUAGCAGGGAUGUGUUAGAGGAAGCACAGGAUGAGAAAUAUGAAGGCAGCAGUCGUAAAGAGACGAUCGAAGGUGAGAGGUGCUCCUCUGGUAUGUGCACCUGUUUACUCUUAACUUUCUUUACAAAGCUAUAGGUUUGUGCUUAUCAAAAUAUUACACCAGUGUGUAAUAACUACACGUCAUUUCAAGAAAAACAUGUCCAUAAAUCUGCUUCUUUAAGAUCCUUCACUCAGAGAGGUAAACUUGACUUCAAAAACAAGAUCAUAGGUGAGGUCAGCUGGGGCCAGUUUCAAUUGGUUGUGAAGGUCUGGUUGGUAGGAUCAAGCCAGUCUUGGGCGAUGUCUACAUGUAAACAGAUAUUUAAGAGAAAAACAUGCUUGAAAAAGUUUCUGUCCACACUGGAGGUGUUUUUGAAUAUUCCUCUGUCAACGUGACAAUGUGAAAAAGGUUACAAACGCUCAUAUAAUCCCCAAUUCCCCUGCCAUUGGUGCUGAUCGCCGCUGAUUUUUUCCAUUCAAGUUAAUUUGUCGAUUUCCACCAGUUCCUUUCCGGUCCCCUGCAGUUAAGUGGGCUUCGUAGCCUAUCGCCUGGAAAGGAAGUCGGGCACAGACACAAAAUAAAACAUCUGGCUUCUUUUUAAAUGAUAUUUAUUUCACACCAUGCAAACGUGGGCAGGGACAAACAAAUCAAAGAUUUUCAGACUUCAUUUCAUCCUGUUGACACCAUGGAUGAGGAGAUGCUGAUUCUAGAAGUCAUGAAUUGGAUUUCUUCCUCUGGAAGGACACAAUUUACUGCUUAUAUGGGGUUAUGUGGCGGACAUUAUAGAGACAACUUGUUACCACGUGAUUGCAUGUGAGUUCAUAGGUUCUUACGAGUUCCAGUGAUUCUGGCUGUCCGAAAUCUGUCAGGAAAUUUGCCUUUUAAACGCAUCUGGUGGGAAUUGGUGGAUGGCAAGAAUCGCGGCUGUUACGCAGUUUGUAUGUGGUGGAAAUUUGGGGUAACCAUGAAAGACCAGAAAGUGGUCAGUUAGUCCCGUCAAACACCAUAGGAGAGCACUGCAUGCAAAAACAGCAUUUUCAUACCAAGCAGCAUACUCCGAAGUGCUAAAAACUGCAGUUCCCUAAGUGUGGCUGUCUGCAGGAACACCAGAGACCACAUACGCAGUAGGUUAGCUGUGCGGUCAGACUAUGGCGUUUUCUGACCAUCAUUUAACGUUACUCCAGUUGCGCUGACCUUUUCCACACAGACGAUGAAACAGGACAGCACAGCAUCUACUGUGCUUCUAACACAAAAAAGCUGCCAUGUAAUCUAGCAGCAAAAAUUAGGAUGUCUUUAUUAGAUGCAGUCUUAUAAAACGGACAGGUCUGAACAGCUGGAUUGCUCUGUCCUCAUGGUUCAGGCUUUACGCUCUCAGGCAGUGUCAUGUUGUCACAGGAAAUCACCUUCCAAAACAGUUGCUCCAUGCACUCUGUGCUCCAAUGUAAUUUUUCACUGUAACUAGUAAAUGGACCUCACUAUGAAAACAGCCCGAGAAUUUAAGUACACCCCAGUAUGUAAACACAUUCCUGGAGCUGUACAUUUUAUUUGCUUAUUCUGGCCACAACUGGGUGGAAGGACGGAAACACGUGCAGAGAAGAAAUGAGUCACUCUAAGUUGUUUCCACUCUCAGGGUUUCCCUCCAAUUACACCUCUCAACACUCACCCUCCCUCAGUUCUAGCCUCCUUCCCAGUGAACACACUGUUACCUGAACCUGCUCUUCCCAGCCAUCAGCCUGGCCCUGCAUGAAAGACAGACCUUGUUAAAAAAAGAGAGAAAACUAACCUGGGCUUGUGAAAGCUCCCACAAAAAAAGAGAGAGAGAGAGAAGAGGCUCUUUGUGAUCCGCCGAGCUCUUUGUGUGUUUGGUCCUUUCCUAAGUGUUUCCUCCAAAACCGGAGCAACAGAGAGAGUCAGGUUUCCUCCGGUGGUCUCUUUGUUUCUGCAGCAUAAUGAAGAGAGGAAAGGCCCAAACACACACUGUCUGGGAAAUAAUGUAAUGAAACCAAUUUCCUGAUUCAGAGUGGCGUGCCAACUGCUUGAUUUCUCCUGCUGAGUUUCCUCCCCCGUUGUUAAGUCCAAGAAGACUUCAGACCCCCCAGGAUGGUGGAAAAUCCAGGUUUAGCAUGCAUACUCUGGAGGGAAGAACUCUUACACAGUGAUUAGAACAGCAGAAGAAACUCCACGUAUUGACAUAAUGUGACUUUUACACAAUCAUGUGCAGCAUUAUGGACCAGGUUUCUGGUACUUUCCCAUUUCUACAAGUAUGUCUUUGAUUAUCGUGCAUAUUUGUUAUAUUAUGAGCUCAACCUCAUGCUGAAUACCAGAACAGAGGAUUGGACUGAGUCCUGAAAGCAGACAUGGUUUCAUCAUUUUGUGAAAUUUUUUUAAGAUGUUUGAAAGAAAUAUUUAAAAUACCAAAGGAUGUUUACUCAGCAGUGAAGGUAAAAGUUCAAUAUACCAGACAUGCCUCAGUGCAGUGUGAAACACACCCUGAAAUUCAGACAGAACCAGUGCUGGUGGAACAUUGUCACAGUCGCACUCACACACCUGGAUAAUGUGAUUGUAGGUGAAUUUUCUCUUGCAGACAGUGUCUACGAUCACCUCCUCAGAGCUUACUCGCUCUGAUCAAGUCAUUAGGCUCAAUUUUCGUGCUUCGCCGGAGACGUGGCCCAGGCGCAGUGUAAGUCAGGUCCGCCGCGCCAACAAGGCGUUCCCAAGCACAAUUUGGUAUUUUGGUGAGAGGGGCAGCCCGGUGUAAGUAUCCCCCCUCCCUAACUCAGCUCCUCCCAGCGACUUAAAGUAAAUAACUCAUCUGAUCACUGAAACAAAUCAUCUGUUCAGCCGCUGCUGCAGCAGGACGGAGAGAGGACACAGAGACGUGUCCAGGUCGAGCUGCACGAGAAAUAAGAGGAAGAGGAAGAAAGAAAAGUAGGGAGACACAUUACAUAUCUUUUUAACUUCAUCAUAUGUGUUUAUUUACUAGAUAUUUAAUUUAAUUUAAUGCGGUUUCAGCUGUGUUGAUUCGGUCAGGUUGUGUGUCAAAACGCAUGCCAAACGCGCUCAUCAGAUCAGAUAUAGAUCAGAAUAUAUCGAUUUAGAUCUAAAUGAAUGUGCUGACUCAGAUUAUUAGUUGUUAAUGAUUACUUAUUGCACUGAAAUGUUCCUGACACUGUGGAAACCUGCCGGUGAGGCAUUGGUGACAUAUGCCGAUACGCCGCCGGUCUACCAAAAUACCAUUAGACCAGCUGCGCUCCGCCUGCGCUGAGAGCUGACCAGGUUUGAAUCACCGAGCUUUCAGCGCACUUUUUACACCACCGGCGAGCACGAAAAUGUCACUGCGCCAGCUGAUUCUGUCUACACCUCCCUCUGCCACGCCACCACGCCCAGCUUGGUGGACCUCGGUGCGCCUCAGUCCACGAAAAUACCAAACUGGCUGUACGCUGGGCUCAGCCAGACGAAAACACCACUGCACGGGGUCAGCCACCCUCCACCGCCUCACCAGCGGACAUGAAAAUAGAGCCCAAUGUAGGGUUGAUGGUUUCCUAGAUCUGGGCCUGAGUCCUGAAUGUAGAACCAGCUCGAUUGAGUAUAAAGCCAAUUUUUUUUUUCAGAUGUAGUACAAUAAAAUGACUCCUACCCGCCUUUUGACAGGGCACAUCCUUAGAUAAACCCUGUCUGGCCCUGAGAGUCUUUAGACUUUGAAGUGUGGUAAAGGUUAGGCUCUUUUAAACCUCUAUGACUUGGAGGGGAACAUAAUAUAGGCGGGUCAAGCACUACUUGAUAUUAUUCCAACCGCUCUGGAAGGCCUCUAUACAAUCUGGGGAUGUCUGCCAAAUCAAGCAGACCUAAUCACACUGGAGUGGGCUUGGUUUGAUUAUUUUACAGAGGAUGAAGCAUUUUCCUCUCUGGCUGCAGGAGCUUGCAGACCAGAGGAGUUUGUAACAGGCUGCGUUGACAGAUGAAAUGUACUGUAGUGCAUUAAAGGUUCAGCAGGUUCAUUUUAAAGUGAUAUAUUGGACAUAUUGCUGGAUAUCAUGAACUUAUUCCAACACUGGCAACAUGUGAUAGAGACUGUGUGUGUGUUAGUGUGUUUAUAGCAGCAGUGAGCCCCCUGAGAAAUACCAGACACGACAUGCAGCACACGUGCAAAACAAUGUAAAGUAACAUUUUACAGCCCAUUCAUGCUGCUCCUGUAUCUCUUCAUACACAAAAACAUCUGGGAUUUGAGUUGACACAGAGCCGGACAGAUGUUUUUGUAAGAUAAGAAGCUGACCUGAGCCAAAACACAUGCAGGAAAGUCUUUACUGUGACGAUGUACAUUAACAGCUAAAGUAAACAGGCAGCAGGGUGUCAGCACACUCCAGAAACCACAUUUCAAAUAUCUCUGACAUGAGUGAAUCAAAAACAAAAUUAUGGUUAAACUGCAACUUAUUGGCUCUCUCACACAUAACAUAUGGGCUGAAUAUAAGACGGGGAUUAAUUUUGCUUUUAAUUAAUUUGGCCUUUUGGCUCAUCAGGUUCUUGUUUAUCAAGCUAGGCUUCACACUGGUCUGAUUAAAUGAAAACAACCUGUAAAUUAAAACAAAACACUCAUUAAGUUGUGUGAGUUCAGUGAAAAAGUACAAAUCUAACGUUAGGAAAGUGAAACACAUUUACAUCAGAACCGUACAACGCAGGAUUAAUCUUACUGUAAAAUCCACUCAUUUCGUGAGACUGGCUGCAGUUUUCAGGUCAAAAACUCUGGAUUUUGUGGGUUCAAAAAGGAGGCAAUCUGUAAUGAUUUAUGUGUAAGUUUUGGUAAAAUAAUGUCACUUCUGUUAGCUGACUAUAAUUAUUGAAACUUGCCUUCUCAGUUUUGGUCUGUCAACCAAUCAGGGGCAGACUGGAGAUCAAACUGUACUUUUAAACUAAAUUUAUACAUUACCGAUUCACAAUAUGACACCAAACAAAAAGCUGCUCUACUCUAGACUCCGUUUACAAAGACUCAAUGUAAAGACUGGAUAAGACUGAGCUCCAACCUUUACAGAUCAGACCCACUCCCAUCCUAUCUUCAAGCACAUGAAUGAAACACUCUGCAGUGUUGAGUAAGUUGCAGAGGAGAGGAAGAACUUCCUUUAACAGGCAGAAACCUUGAGCAGAACCGACAGUCAUCUGCUGAGACUGAGCUGGGUUUAGAGAGGGUUUAAAUUUCUCUUCCUCUUAAUCAGACCCUGUGCUUUUUUUCUGCACAGCUUAGACUGACCCCAGCAGUGAUGCAACCUUAUAUAAGUCCUUUAUUUGUAAACUGUGAGAAAACUACAGAUUCACAGUUUUAGAGAAUUUUGAAACUUAAUUAGAGUAAAUUCAUGUCUGACUCCCAUCUCUGCCCUUAUCUGCAGUGAGCAUAACUCUGUCCUAAUAAGCCGUGAAAGCUCUUUCUCUUCAUCUUAGCAUGCUGGGUGUGGUCACUUAAGACUGCAGGAAGUCCAGACAUAAACAAGUCAAAGCCUUCUACAGGACAGGAGAAAAAAACAUCUACAGACCAGCAAACAAACAGCAUUAUCUUAUCUCCUCCUUACAGUCUGCAAUUAUGAGGAAAAAUACAUUUUCCAGCAUUCAUACAGCACUUAAUCCUCCAUCUAUCAAUCAUCCUGCUCCUCUUCAUCAUUUGGACUCAUUUCUGCUUGUUUAUCUCUCUUCCUCUAAAUGAGUUAAAUUCUACGCUGCUAAUGUCUUUUCCAUGUAAUGGCACGCAUCAUCCUCGGGAAUUAGCGCAUGUUAAUGAGCGUUUAAAUAGUGAUCACUUACUUUCAGCUGCAGGGACAAAUUAGUACAGUAAUUGCAGCACUGUACAUCACCCUGAAUGCUCUGUCAGUCUGCUAAUACUCAUUUCCCUCAAAAAGGGGUGAUUAACCUCCAUCCUUAAUCAGCACAGCGUGAGUCAAAGGACGCCGUACUUGAAAGCGUCUUGAUUUUUUGUUAUUAUAAGGAGAUUAGCGAUGCUUAUUUAAAUUCAUGUACAGUAAAUAGAUUGGUUAAGGGGAGAAAUUUUAAAUGAGGUGUUUUGUCCUGGAGGACCUGCUCUCUCCCCUGAUAUAUGAAGCGUGAUGAAUCAUUUUAGCGAGAGCUUUUUAACACUGUAGUGGAGGAGGAUAUGCACAGCACUGCUGUUUAUUCCUCAGCUAAUCUUCAGGCUGCGCUUGAUGCAGAAACUGACAGCUCUGACUGUGGAUAUGAUGUACAACUAAUGUCGCAGAGAUUUUUCCAUAUGACACUAUAUCGCUUUAACAGGCUGAACUGAAGUAUCUCACUGGGCGCACUAUAAAAUACACCUAGUUUGCAGGAGUAAUACUCUCUUGCUUAGUUAAGCUUGUUGGUAGAUGCAAAGUGAGAAUUUUCUACAGGAAUAUGAACGCAUGAAACAUAUGUUGCACUGAAGAGAGUAAGUAGUGGUCCAGUCAGAGCAAAUACACCUCAUAUCUGGACUGUUCAAGAGGGGUUGGUGUAAACCUGGUAACACCGCCUGGCUAAAGAGAACUCAUUUUUUAGUUUGUUUUAUGGGAAAUUCCUGAAUGAAUAUGUGUUAAAUUAAAAAAUCUUGUAAUUCUGAGUCUUGUGAGUCUGAUGAGGUUGGAUAUGAAUAUGUUUGAAAGCUGUCAAACUACAAAUCAAUCUUAUUCUACCUUUCUUGUUCAAUAUAGUCAUGGUUUUAUGUUUUUUUUUUCAAACUAUGGUGUACUGAAAGGGACAAAAUAGCAGGUUGAAGAAUUUCUUGAUGAUAUCAAAGUUAGCAUAUUAAUGCUGACAGCCCCAGUUUAUUCAUAAAUUAUCUUCUUAUUCUAUGCUUCAUGACAGGCUGAGUGUGUGAUCUUGUGAUUUGUUUCAUUUAGCAAAUACUUCAUCAGACAGUAAAUUACGAUCAUACAUUGGAGUUAAAUCUGUGUGAUUAGAAACUGCAGCUGUAUUGAAGACAGAUAAAACAUCAGAUCUCUCUAAAGUCUGCAGGUUUGAUCCUCCAGGGAUCAUGAUUGUCCCUAAAAAAAUGUACUGCAACACAGCAGACAGCUGCUCUGGUCUGAAUGAAAGUGUAGACUGAUCACCCCACUGCCAUCCUAGGCCAUGAAGCUCACAUUGAUGAAAGCCCCUGUCCUCAGCAUUAAACUCACUCUCACUAAUAGGAGUUUUAGUCAUUUCUGCAGCAGACUUGGCUCCCUCCCCCCUUCUCUGUUUCUCCUCUUCCUCUUUGUCAAACUUCACACAGAAUAUGGAAUAGGUGACCUUUCAGCGCCGGCUCGGACUCCUCUGCAGAGUUUUCUCGCUCAUGGUUACACACACACACACACACACACACACUAACAGGAGAGCCAGGGAGGCAGUCAUUAAGGGCUGGACAGAUAGAGCCAGUGCUGAUGUUAUCUGCUUAAUGAAUAUCCCCCCACACAGGCGGUUUAAUCCACUAGCUUUAGAGUUUCCACCAGCAGGUAGGCGAGGGAGCAGGAGAAAGGUCGCAGGGAGGCUUGUUACCUCUGAAGUUCCUCCAAUCUUGCAGUUUCGUAACAAAUCUGCCACUGAGUUCAAAUACAUUCAAACUGUGAGAAAGUGUGACUUGGCUACUCUUCGGUUUGUCAACCCCCCUCUCAGGGCUUGGAUUCAGAGCUCUGGUUCCUUAAACCUGACUUAGACUGGCUGAGCUGUCUUUGUCGCCACGUUGCUGAGAUAGCAGCUCCUAAAAACACACUUUGUUGUAGUGUUAUUUUCACUGGAAAAACACAAAUUCCAAUGCUUAGAAGUGAACCCGAUGCAAAAACUGCAGUUCCUUGAGUGUCCACUAGAGGCUUUCCCAGAGGCUGCAGAAACCCCAUUCACACCAAUAUUAAAAUGCCACUUUUUACAGCGAAAUUAAACACAUUUGCCGCCUGUUUCCAAAAGGAAACUAGUCUUGAUUAAAUAUCUUAACUUUUUAUUCAAAUAGGCACUCAUUAGUUUUAAUUUUUUUCAUGACUCAAGGAUAUUAGGACCUUAACAAUAUUUAAGCAGACUAUAAUGUAGAAGUUUAUACUAUAAUUUCUCUGCAAAUAGGUGUUAUUUUAUUCAAGAAAAAAACAGUCAUAAUUGAAGGACCCCACUGUUAAAACGCCUGACCCUUCUUGCAGUGUGGACUCUCCCUGUAAUCCUCGCUCCUCCCGGGUUUCAUCGCGCUCAUUUAAAACACAUUAGGCUGAGAGAGCUCAGUAAGGGCCCGGCGAUGAGAGAGACGCCUGUCUGUUUAAUGCUGUGCAGGGCCAUUUGGUCGCCCCGCUCUCACGUCCCGGCCCACAGGAAACCCUCUGCAGCCUGAUAAGGAACAGAACACAGAACGUCUGAAGAGCCAAACCCCUGCUGACUAGUUUCCAGCUAGCUCCUGCUUUAAUACUUGCUGUAUUCAUAAUGCAGGGCUAAUGUCAUGGCCAUCUUUGCCUUCCUGGACUUUCUCACUUCUAUUCUUGGAGCCCUUAAAUUGCUUUCAAACACAUAAAAAACAUCCAUCUCAGAUCCUGUAACAUUCAUUUGAACUGUUGUACAGAGCUCUGUGCACUGUUUCUUAAAAUAAGCAAUGACUACAGCUCCUAUAUCUUAGAUUUCUAUGAGAUUUACAGGUUUACAAAAAAACAGCUGUACAUGAAUCUGAGCUAGCUGUCAUAAAGUAGGAGUUCUUGCAUGAACCUAAUAUGAAGUGUGCAAAUGUGGAAGUUUGCAGCAAACAGCUCUUUGUCCCUUGGCUCACUGUGGCUGCUCGCUCUGUAGACAGGCAGUCUGCUUUACGCCUGGGCAUGGACUUUAAUAAGACAAGACGCAGUUCUUUAUAUUGUCCAGGUAGAUCACACUCUAUUAAUAGGACAGUUAUUUGAACUAGACAGCCUGCACAUGGGCGUCCAGGGAGACUCAGACCCACACAAAUUCACAGAGCCAUUUUAAGUAGGGUCGGAUCUGCUUUGAUAGACACUUUCCUGCAGCAGUCUUUGAGAGUGGGAGAUGUAAUUGGCCGGUAACCGACAUGACGCUGACUGGCUGCCAGACAGACAGAGACUCAGCAUCCAGCAUGGGUAAUCUGCACAAACCUUUCAUGAACAUAGAACAAGUUUCACUGAACACUAAAUAAAGUUCAAAAACACAAAAACAUGUUUCAUCAAGUUUUUUUGAAACAUGAUUUGGACAAAAUGAAAACAUUUCAUGAAUAACAAAAACACUUAGCAAACUGAAAAUACAUUUGAUGCGAACCCACAUGAAAACAUGAAAGUGUCGUGAAACACACAAAGAAAAAAAAAGCUUCAAAAGAAUCGUGAAUGCAGUAAGACGUAAAAAUAUUUUGUUCAACUUUUUCACAACACAAAUACAAUUUUGUGGAUUUUAUGAAAAGCUACUUUUACAUUUUACUUUUUUUUUUCAUUUUACAUUUUUUUUUCUGUUACAUGAAAUGUUUUUGUUUUCAAUUGUUUAAAAGUUUCAUUACAACAUUUUUACAUUUUAUGAAAUAUUUUUGUUUUGUAAAAAAAAAUGUCAGGUUUCAUCAAAUGAUUUUCCAUAACAGAUGUUUCUGGUGUUCAUGAAAUGUUUGCAGUCGUCCCUCUGGGCUGUCUCAUGUCGUUGUAGUGUCUCUUUGAUGUGUCAAAGUUAAAUUCAUUCUUAGAGCUACAUCCAUCAUUGUGCUGAGGAGCCAAACUGCUGCCAAUAUCCCUCUUCGCUCUUCCAGUCAGUGCAAUUUCCAUUUAAUAGGUCCACCACGCACGGUAAAGAUUGAUACAGUCCAUAACCGUGUAGCACACCGCCGACUGUCACUACCAGCCCUCUGUCUGCAGCUAAAGUGGGGAUAUUCAUCAAGUGUCACUGAUCUGAAAUCAGUGAGAUCUUUGUCAAACAGAGCCGCUCUCUGACAGCAGUUUUUUUCUUCUGUUUCGGUCCAAUUUGUGGGAUUUCAUUUUACUUUUUCAUACGCAGUAUCUCCGAUAGUACAAGUGACAACUUUGAAUUAGAGGUUUUCCUGGCAGCAGCUCUGCGUAGGCAGAGGAAGGGUCACUGAGUGCACAGCCUGCAGGAGUUUCCUGAUGAGGGUGAAUUUAUAUCAGGCUGUUGUAUUGUUCUUUUGUAUACACUCGUCUCUCAUUUACAAACCAUUUAUUUAUGUAUUGAUUUUUCAGUGCAACACUCCUGCAUUCAUCUCAGUAGUCAACUUUGCUUCCAUGUGUUUGCUUUAUGCAGGCGUGCUGCAGGUCAGCGGGAUGCGCAUCUACACAUCUGGGGAGAUGGAGGCGGUCAACGGGACGGAUGCUCGUCUGAAGUGCACGUUCCACAGUUCUGCCCCAAUCAACCCCAACUUAAUCGUCAUCUCCUGGACCUUUAGACCCCUCAAGCCAGGCCGAGAGGAGUCGGUUAGUGUGUGUGUGUGUGUGUGUGUGUGUGUGUGUGUGUGUGUGUGUGUGUGUGUGCGCGCGUGUGUCUGUGUCUGAAAGAAAGUGAGAUCAAACCUCCAACUUCUCUCAUUGUGUCAGGGAGCAUCCACCCCCACAGCCAAGUAAGAGAGGAGUCAGUGAGUCAUCAGGCUCCCUAUAGAGUGCCUGAGACAGCCUGUGUGUGUGUGUGUGUGUGUGUGUGUGUGUGUGUGUGUGUGUGUGUGUGUGUGUGUGUGUGUGUGUGUGUGUGUGAGAGAGAGAGAGAGAGAGAGAGAGAGAGAGAGAGAGAGAGAGAGAGAGAGAGAGAGAGAGAGAGAGAGAAUAAUAGAGAAAAGAAGCAGCAGGUUUCUGUCUCCUAUUCAUUUCUCUGUCUGAGUUUUCUCCCCUAACUCAUCACAGUUUGUCAUUUUUACUUGAGACAGUCUGACAAACAAACCUGUUACAGCGAUGACUAAACCCGCCUGUCUUCAAUCUCAGGUGUUUCACUACCAGCAGCGGCCGUACCCUCCUCUGGACGGCAUUUUUAGGAAGCGGGUUCUUUGGGGCGGUGACAUCAUGGGGCGGGAUGCCUCCAUCAUCCUCCAGCAGGUCAAGUUUACGUACAACGGCACCUACAUCUGCCAGGUGAAGAAUCCUCCUGAUGUCCACGGGGCGGUCGGAGAGAUAAAGCUUCGAGUGGUCACCACAGGUCAGCAGAUACAAAGCUGUUUUCUCCACGUUACAUGAGGGAGCUUCAUUUUAUCCAGGAUAGCAAUCACACUCUGAUUAUUAGUGUAAAAAAUAUAAAUUAUGUCUGAAUGAAGAUGUGGACAAGAAGAGUUUGAAUAUGCUGCAGGCUGUGUGAGGCAGCACAUAACCCUGGUGUUUACCUGUGCAUUGAUUUUAUGCAGAAACUAAGCCAAAGCUGAACCAUGCAGCCAGUUAUAAGCAUUCAUGUAUAUGCACAGAAAAACAGACCUACUGGUACUCCUCUUGUUCACUUGUUGGCAGCAGGACUCGAUAAAUUAUUGGUAUUAUGUUUUAAAUCUCUCAUGAAAUAAAAGAGACCUGAAGGUGAUGCAGAUUUUUUACAAAAUAUCUUCACAAUAUCUAAACAACUUAAGCAUGUCAUAUAGGAAAAAAAACUCUAUGUCAUCAUAAAUAAAAUUAAAACAAAAAGCCUCCCACUAUAAAAAUGUCCCCACCUUGUAAAAGUCUCCAGGACUGAUAUUUUACUUGACAAGGUGAAGAGGUGUGAUUUUAUUUAUUAAUUAAUGUUACUUACCUGCAGCUAGCAUGAUUCAUGCAAGCCACUUCUGUUACCAAAUACCUGUCCAGACACAUCGAUCAGGCAUUUACUUCGACAGAUGCUUGAGACAUGAAUACAGCACUCAAUGUAUUGUUUUUGUGUUGUCAAGAUCCACAGGAAAAGGAGCCGCGUACUCUAUUCUGUAGAUGUUUGAUCCUUGAGGGGUCUCAUCUGUUAAGAUACAGGUCAAAGAAAAAAAAAAAAAACCCUCAGCAGUCUGGAUCCAGCCCUUGUAGUCUGUGCAAACCGCUCAGUCUGCUUAAAAGGCUGAUUAGCUUUCCCAAGCCAUAGCAAUAAUAGCAAUAUAUUUGAAGAUAGUUUCAAAUUUGAAGUUCUCAACCUGAUACUUACAUUCGUUCAGCUCAGUGUUGAUCAUAAAAGUGGUUAUGAUCAUUUAUCAUUAUUCAACUCUGUCUCUGUGUUUACUGUCUUUGCAGUGUAUGAGCACAGAAUUGUAACAGAUAGAGUGUGCCAAAGCUACUCUGCAUUUGUAGAUUAUAAUCCGUCAUAAUUGAUAAACAUAUCAAAGAGUCUUCAAGAGUCACCCCUGAAAAUGACUAAAAAUUCUGCAUUUCUGUGUAUCCUUCUCACCUACAGCAUCUUUCUCUGAGCUCCUCCUCCUGGCUCUGGCCAUCGGGGGUGGUAUUGCCCUUGUGGUCAUUUUCCUCAUCAUCGUUGUGUCCUGCAGACGGUGCAAGAAGAAGAGACUGAGACAUGUGGAAGGAAACGAGGAGGCUCCACGAAAAGAGAGAAAAGACCCGACAGCGUGGUAAGACCAAGAGAAAGACAGAGGGAGAGGAAGAUGGGGAUAGAGAGAGGAAGAGGACAGUCACACACUCCCUCUCUCACUUUCCUUCUGACUCUGGGGGUCCGGUUGGUGGUGGUCCUUUUUUGGGGGGCCGGGGCUUUCUCCUGAUGGGAUGCUUCACUUCCACCUUCCUCUUGAACUGCAGUCUUUGGACCCCAAAUCUGGACUUUUUUAUUGGCAGCUGUCACUAAGCAGAGAUGGAUAAAUGUGCCUUUGAGUAGAGAGCUGUAGAUGUAGAGCUGCAGACAGACUGCUAUGUAUCUCGUAUUCCACCAAGUGCCUUUUAUUUCUGGAAAGAAACUACUGUUCUAUCAGUUCAUCUCUUCCUGUUCAGCUAAAUGGGCUCCAAACACAUUUCCUGUUUAGAUGAAAUGUUUUGAUGAUGCAGAGCCAGAACAAUACUGUACUUCCCUACUAAUACAUUUCAAACCCCGACACGCCACUGCACUACAGACCACAUGUUGGAUGUAUUAUUCAGCAGACAAUAGAUGCUGUGGAACAAUAAAUGAGCAGCUUUCCAGCUUCUAUUGAAAUUUUGUUUGAUAACCACAUGACGGGAAACAUUAUGAAACCCAACACAAAGGUUCUGACAUCCCUGAUUUUAUUAGUGGUGCAGAUAAAGCCGUCCCUCCACCUUAACACUGAAGUCAGACUACACAAUCCUCUCUCUGUCAUGAUGGUCACCAAGGUCUACAGUUUAGCAGCUCCAUAGAUGAUGUUAUUAAGGGAAAGCAGGAGAAGCAAGCAAGAGUUCAAUUUAACCAGUAUUCAUGUUCAGGUCCAAGCUCUUUAACUCUCAGCUUCUCCUGCAGCGAUCUCUUCUCAAACUGCAGCAAUGACUUCACUGAGUUUUUCUCACUGUUUUUGUUAAAAGCUUCUCCUGCGGCAAGCCUCAGACUUUUUCCUCAGGUUCAAAACUCUCUCACAAUCAUCGUAGUGAGGAUUUGCCACAAUGCUACUCGCAUCUUGCAAGUCACUUCUGUCUCAUCUGAUAACUUUAGAAUAUGUUUGAUCUACAGUUUUAUUGCUGCGUAAUUAUUUUACUCACUAGCUACAGAUUAUUAACCUUCCUAUAAGUAUGUUUUAAGACUAAUUUUUAAAAAUCUUACCCAGUUACACUUUGCCAUUCUGUCUUGGAGAACACCCUGAAGCACAUGAAAGGGAACACAACGAUUACUUUUGAACCCCAACAUCUGCUGGACCGUGUUUGUCCUGUGUAGUCUGACCUCAGCUUUAAUGUGGUUUCUCUGAAUGUGGAAGACUCUGGUGUACAUUUCUUGUUGUUUCACUACUGAAGGUUUAUUGCUGUAUUGUUUAUUUUCUUGGUGUUACAGCCUGAUAUUGAAAAUUAUUGUGGUGCUAUCAAUCAACCAAACCUAAUGGAGAGCGUUUGUUGGAAGCAGACAUUCAUAUGGUUAAAAAAAUGUACCAGCACUUGGUUAUCUUCAGCAGCAGUUCUGGAGAAUCUCAAAGAACCGUCGCCUUUUUGAGGCUGAUUGUCUGUUUUGAACAAUAAGCUGAGUUUUUAUGUAUCAAACUCUUUUUCUGGGCAUGUGGGACAUCUUUGUUUCUCUCUUGGGUUUUCAGAUCUCUCUGCAGCAGGUGCUGGUGACCUUCCAAAUAGUAGUGUUGACAUAAGCAGCAAACUUAAAAGCUGAACUCUGUUGGACAAAGCUUAUAAAACCGCACCAGUCCAUAUUGAUCAUAUUCACACAGAUUCACUGUAAAGGCAGACAAAGGGAGCUAAUUUCUGAACCCCAAUCACAUGCAAAUAUGUAAACAGAGAUAUCGAUCAAACAUCCCCUUUCAAUCUUGGACCAUUUAACCCUUUGUAAGGCUAACCUUUUGUCCCUGCUGCUGUGUUUGUGGUGUCUGCUCGUCUUUGUCCUGUCCCCAUUGUCCAUGACUUAUGCACAUGCAUGUCCAUAAAUAAUUCAUGGAUGUGUCAUGCAUGAAUGCAUUUCCUGGUGUGUGCGUGUGUGUUUGUGUGUGCUUUGUUGCCCUUACCUUCCCCUGUGAAUGUCUCCUUGGUCCUUCAAUGUGUGUGUUUGUGUGUGUUUGUGUGUUUGUUUGCUUCUCAGCCACCCGUCAAGAGCCGUACAUCUUUACAUGUCAGAGACGUCCAUAGAGAUUGACAGUUCAGACGGCAUGAUCUCAGAUCCCAGCACCCCGAGCUCCAGCUCCUCUGAGAGCGAGGGCCCGAGCUCAGAUGACGAUGACGACGAUGAUGACUCCGACUGAGGAGGUGGGAACAGACAGAGAGGCAGAAACACUGAUAAGAUGCCAGCCAGGAAGCUUGCUGGGUUGAUGCCUAGGUGGCAGACAUGGAUGCCAUGGUUAUUCCAAGUAGAGACGAGAUGAAGACAGCCAUGCUGCUGAGUCGAGAACAAGCACAUUGUUCAAGCACAAGAAGAAAAUGGAGAGAAAGUUCUGUUUGGGAGAUUCCAAGCAAGAACAAAGACCAGGGCGAGGCUGUUGAUGAAGGCUUUGAAAUGGGAUCAAAAGGGUAGAAACUUUACUUUAAAGUAAGUUAAGAAAUGUUCUUCUGAUGAAAGAAACGCUGAGUUAACUCUGCAUGGCUUCACAGAUUAAACCAUUGUAGCAGGCUGGGCUACUCUCCCCAAAGAAAAGAGUGUUGAUUUUAACAUGGACCUUGUUAGGCGUGGAAAAUCAAUACAAUCAGCUGCAAAAUGCUGUAAGUAAAAGAGGACGGUGUUGUCUGCCAUGUUGAGCCAUGCAAAAAUCUUUACUUUCAGACUAUCUGCUAUUGAUUCCAACUCCAAUCCCACCAGAAUUGGGACGCUGUUGUUGGUAAAAUAAAAUUUUGUUGUUUGCAAAUAAUUUUAAUUCAGUUUAAUUGAAACUUGAGCAAAGACAACUUGUUGAAAUGUUGACAACCCAGUUUCUCAGCAGGACUCUUCUACUACAGAGCCAUGCCGUUGUAAUCCCUGUAGUCAGAAUGUGGUUUGUCAGUGUCUUGCUGAAUUAUGAAGGUUUUCCCAAAAAAGUCUUUGUCUGGAUGUCAGCAGACGUUGCUCCUGAACCUGUAGAUAUUGUUCAGCAUUUAUGGAGCCUUCACUGAUAUGGAAGAUACCCAUUACAUGGACUCUGGUAAUCCCUAUACCAUCAGGGAUGUUGGCUUUAAACUGAAAGCUGAGAACAAGCUUUUUGGUCUUUUUAUUGAUUAGGGUGGAGGAUGCAAUGUCCAUGCAGUGAUUUACACUCCACAGUCCUGUCUGUUUUAAUGCCUGAGGGCCUGAAGAUCAGGACCAUCCAGUCUUGGUUUUAGUCAUUGUCCCUUUAGUACAGAGAUUUCCCCAGAUUAUUUGAAUCUUUUAAUGUUAUUAUCUUCUGUAGAUGAUCAAAUCCAAUAACAUUGCUCCGUUUUAACAUUUAAUAUGUUGUCUUUGCCCUAUUUUCUCUUAAACAUGGCCUGCAAUGACGUGAAAACCAUCGAAUUAUGUUUGUAUCAACACAGCGUCCCACCUUCCUCUGAAUAUUGGGUUGCAUUUUCACAUACAAAAGGGAUUAUAAAGGUCUUUCAUUUCAGUUUGUUAUGCACACUGUUUUAAUACUCGCAAGUGUCAGAGCUCUUGUUUGAUGCUCGGGUGGCAGAAGGGCUCAUGUCACGUCAGAUUACUGAGAUUAAAUAGAAAAAAAUGUGAUGUUGUUGCCAUUCAGUCUGAAGGCCAAACACUCAGUCAGCAGGCAAACACAUGCAUGCACCUGUCCUGAGCGCUGUGUGGGAGCGUGCAGUCAGAUCUGAAAACCCUUUGAUUGCAAAAUGUCCUUGAGAGUCCUUUUUUCCCUCUCUCCAUGUCUUCAAAUGCACCACAUACACUAACAAAUGAUUUUAAUGCCUGACUUUUCAUCCUUUGUGACAGGAUUGUGUAUUUGUGAUGUAAUACUGAGUGAUAUAAAAAUAGAUUUUCAUUUUUUUGAGAUCAUGAUAUAGAAGUAUUUGAUUGUAUUUUUAAAAAUGUCACUGUAUGUUUUUCAUAGAGCUUUUAUAAAGAAAAAGAUUUUCUAAUAAAAAUGCCUUUAAAUCUUUA